UGAGACAACGCUUAUUGAAACAAGAGCAGCCGGGGAACGUUCUACUUCGAGUUCAUCUUGGUCAUCGCAAGUACAGUAGCACAAUCAACACUCAAUAUGGCCUGGAUUUCCCGCUCGAUCAUCAUAGCUGGUCUCCUCCUUCUUGCCCAUGCAUGCUAUUCGGUCCAGGAGCACGCGGCCCUCCAAUCUUUCCAAGCAGCUUCGUCCCUGACCGCAGGAACACCCAAGUCAUCUGGCAGCUUACUACCAACCGAUAUCGUCGUCGAAACUAUUCUGGCAACGGUCGUUGUUUGCCUUGGCCUCAUUUUCAGAGCCCCUGAUCUGCGUCCAAUCCAAUGGCGCGUCUGGGCAGGCAGGAUCGAGAGAGUGUGUGAAGGGAGCCGCGGAGAACCCGGGCACGGUUUUACAGGCAAUCCGUUUCGCAUUUUGGAAAGUCGACCUGGGUUUGUCGACAUCAGAAAACAAAGGCAUGAGUUCGCGGACUGGGCUAAAAGUCGCGAGCUGCUGGUUCGGGAUUAAAGAAUCCGCUGUUUCACCAGAUAAGCAGUCUUUUGAGUCAAAGUGGCAGAGACAUAAGGAUGGCACCAAUGGGCAUAGGUAUUUCUCUCCUUCCUUGUAGGAGGAUGUGACCGGUGUGCUAUUUAAGGUAGGACAAUGCCUACAAAGCCGAGGUGUGCGGUCGUUGGAUUUUCCGUACUAUGGAUGCUUAUUGACCCCUCUACGAGGGUUUUUGGUCCUCCG